AUGAGUACGCUCCUCACCUCCACCUGGCUGUGCCAGUACCUUCACCAGCUAACCCAACACAGCGGCCUGACAGACUACUCCACCACCGCGCAGGACUUCUACCGGACCUUCCGGGAGCUGGUCUACGACCGCCGGGGCUACCUGCACCUCGAAGAACUGGCUCGCAACGCGUUCGAGGACUCAUCGGGUUAUACCCUGCACAUCGGGCACCUGCGCCUGGCUGCCCGCCAGCUCCUCGACCUGGGUGGGAAGCUGGCCGCGCUGGACGCCUCCGCCGCCACCCAGCACCUCACCAGCACCUCCCACCCCUUGCCCCCAUCCGACGCCCUCGACACCAUCCAGUCCAGCCAAGACGUCGAGACACGGCGCUGGCACCUCCGCGACCAGAUCCGGCGGACGUUCGACACCGCGCGGUGGUGGCUGCACGACCUCGGGGCGGUCAUCACCGACGAGCUCGAGGACGACAAAGUCCACCCGGCGCUGUGGCAGCAGAUCGCGGACAAGCGGUUCGACGCCGAGGCGUACGGGGAGUUUGAGGCGCAGUUGACGGCGUGGUUUGCGAGUCGGCGGCAGCAGAGCCCCAUUCGCAAUCCUGUUCGUGUUCGUGAUGCCCAAGAUCCAAGCGACGACUUCAACCUCACCCCCCUCCACCGCCGCCUCAUCCGCCUCAACCUCAAACGCCGACACUACCUCCUCGCGCUGCAACAGCACUCCUCAGACGUGUACACCCUCGACCAGUUUCACGCCUUCAAGGAACGAGGCGUGCACUUUCCCGCGCCGCCGAACGCCGCCGCCGUGAUUCACGGGUCCUGGACGGAGCCGCCGUCCUCCACCACCACCACCUUUCCCGACGACCCGGAAACCUUCCAAUGCCCCUACUGCCUCACUCCGCUCCCCACCUCCGUACUCGACGACCGAUCCUCCUGGCGCAGCCACCUCACCUCCGACCUCCGCCACCUCACCUGCCUAGCCGCGGGCUGCGAAUCCCACGAGGCCGAGGGGUUCGUCACCGUGCAGGGCUGGGUGGAACACCUCGAGACGGGGCGGAAUAUCGGGCAGGAGUAUGAUGCCUUUUUGGGGGGAGAAGCAGCACCCUCCGCCACAACGAAAGCUGCUGGUGGUCGUGCUGCUGCUGCGCAGACCCGGAAGGUGGGUUCGGGGGGAGUUCCGCAUACCGGCGUGCCGGAGGAGUGUCCCCUCUGUGGAUGGCGGCCGGCUCAUGGCGCUGCUGAUGACGCUGACACUGCCAAAGCGAUGCUCGUGCACCUGGAACUGGAAUUGAGGUUCUUCGCGCUGCUGGCGAUUCCCUGGGCGGCAGACAAACCGUAUGAGCUUUUUGCGGAGAGGGCGUGGGAGGAGUGGGUUGAGGGGCAGG